CACACAAAGGAGGGCUUUGAGGUGGCUCCAGCCAGGCCCAGGCUGAUCCCCUCUCCCCCCUGGUGCGUCACUUGCCCCAAUCUGGGCCUCCCUGUGAGCCUGAUUUAACGGGAAACUGUGGGCCGUGAGAAGUUCCUUGUGACACACUAAUCCCAGCCUGCUGACUGGACCACGCCCCCAGAGGAGGCAACCUCCAGGCCCUGGAGGACACAGGCACCAGGUGUCCCGAGGAGGAGCUGCUGACUUGGCAGGAAGGAGGCUGCCUGGAGAGGCCAGGACAGAAGAAGCGGGGUCCUUCUUUUUCCGAGCACUCCGAGUCUUCCAGAGGCAGCAUGUCAGAGGGGGUGGGCACAUUCCGCAUGGUCCCUGAAGAGGAACAGGAGCUCCGUGCCCAACUGGAGCGGCUUACAACCAAAGACCAUGGACCUGUCUUUGGCCAGUGCAGCCAGCUGCCCCGCCACACCUUGCAGAAGGCCAAGGACGAGCUGAAUGAGAGGGAGGAGACCCGGGAGGAGGCGGUGCGGGAGCUGCAGGAGCUGGUGCAGGGGGAGGCAGCCUCGGGGCAGGAGCUGGCCGUGGCCGUGGCGGAGAGGGUGCAGGGAAAGGACAGCGCCUUCUUCCUGCGCUUCAUCCGCGCGCGCAAAUUCCACGUGGGCCGAGCCUACGAGCUGCUCAGAGGCUAUGUGAACUUCCGGCUGCAGUACCCAGAGCUCUUCGACAGUCUGUCCCUGGAGGCUGUCCGCUGCACUGUGGAGGCUGGCUACCCUGGUGUCCUCUCCAGUCGGGACAAGUAUGGCCGAGUGGUCAUGCUCUUCAAUAUUGAGAACUGGGACUCUGAAGAAAUCACCUUUGAUGAGAUCUUGCAGGCAUACUGUUUCAUCCUGGAGAAGCUACUGGAGAAUGAGGAAACUCAAAUUAAUGGCUUUUGCAUCAUUGAGAACUUCAAGGGCUUUACCAUGCAGCAGGCUGCUGGACUUCGGGCUUCAGAUCUCAGGAAGAUGGUGGACAUGCUCCAGGAUUCCUUCCCAGCCCGGUUCAAAGCCAUCCACUUCAUCCACCAGCCGUGGUACUUCACCACGACCUACAACGUGGUCAAGCCCUUCUUGAAGAGCAAAUUGCUCCAGAGGGUCUUUGUCCAUGGAGAAGACCUCUCCAGCUUCUACCAGGAGUUCAACGAGGACACCCUGCCCUCCGACUUUGGGGGCACACUGCCCAAGUAUGAUGGCAAAGUCGUUGCUGAACAGCUCUUUGGUCCCCGGGCCCAAGCUGAGAACACAGCCUUCUGAGAAAAUCCCCUGCCAUCCGACCUGUAGUUAGUGUCCCUGGGCCUCUCCUCAGCUGCCCUGGACCCAGAAGGCUCGGAAAAGGGCUGCCUGGGGUGACUGUGGUUCCUCUGAACCUCCCUAAGCUUGGGUGAGCUCAGGUGUCACCCUCCUCCCAAGCUGGGGGGGCAAUAAAAAAGCAGGGGAAUUCCCUUGAGCAAGAAGAAGUGAGGGCAGUUAUAUUCCUACUGCCUCUGAAGCUUUAGGACAGAGACUUGUGUGGGGUUGAGUGUCAAAGACUCUAAUCAAGCUUCUCAGUGAUUUUCUUUGUAAUAGAUUUUACUAUUUAGGGUCUGUGAAAAUAGGCAAGGAGGCUGGUUUAAAAGUCUCUCCCACCCCUAAAAAUAUAAAAAAGAAGAUAAAAGAGG